UAACGGGUUACUUAAUUCAAAUGACCUUAGUUAUGACUGAUGUGUCAUUUGACUGCUCGGCUUGUCAAUUGAUUGUAAAAUUUUCAACCCGCAAUGUGUUUACAAACAAUUAAUAGUGAAAAUUUGUUGAAACGCGUGUUUUUUUAAAAGGAUUUUCAUUUAGAAUUGCCGUAUUGAAUUACUAUGUAGCCAUUUAAAAAAAAUCACACAAAAUGCAAGCGCAACCGUCGACCAGUAUGGAGGUCUCUGUGGAUCCCCAUACUACUCAAAUGAACCAGUUUAUGUCUUAUAUUAAGACACUUGGCAACCCAGAAUGUAAGGAUGUACUUAAACUAAAGGCUAUUCAGGAAAUUAGUAAGAAUUUUGAGAUGAUACUAAACUCCACCCACUACCCUACAUUUCUAAAAUUAUCUGUUAAAGUGUUUUUAAGUAUAUUGGAGGAGGGUGAGCCAUAUUUUAUUGCAGAGUAUAAUAUACAACAGGUUAGAAAACUUAUAUUGGAAAUCCUGUAUCGGCUCCCUACUAAUGACCAUCUAAAACCUUAUGUAAAACCAAUUUUGCUUCUUAUGUUGAAGUUGUUAGAAAUAGAUAAUGAAGAGAAUGUUCUGGUUUGUCUAAAAAUUAUUAUAGAGUUGCAUAAAAUUUACAAACCAGCCUUAAGUAGUGGAAUUCAGAGGUUUUUACAGUUUGUAAAGUCAAUUUACUCAAAUUUACCCAAUCAUAUGCCAAAGAUCUUUGAACCCAAGUCUCAGAUUAAAGUUAAAGAUUUAAGUGAUGUUAAUAUAGAUGAGCUACUUAAGGAGACAUUUACUAUAACAGGAAUUCAAACUGAAAAGAGAAAUAAAGAUGGGACUCUUAUAGCAUAUUAUCUUAUACCUAAGGCAGUAUUAUCUCUAAAAGUAUUACAAGAGCUGCCCAUAAUAGUUGUUUUAAUGUACCAACUGUACAAGCAAGAUGUUCAUCAAGAUGUAAGUGAUUUUAUACCUCUUAUAAUGAAAACCAUCACUUUACAUCCAGCAUUGGAACAAAGACAGAUGGACACUUUUAAUAAGGAAAUUUUUGUGGAUUUCAUGGGGGCUCAGAUUAAAACCCUAAGCUUUUUGGCUUAUAUUAUUAAGAGUUAUUUGGAUGUCGUAAAAAAACAUUCAGAUAUGAUGGUGCAAGGCAUGUUAGGCUUAUUGACCUUAUGCCCCAUGGAAGUGGCUCACUUAAGGCGAGAGUUACUUAUUGCUGCACGGCAUAUUUUGGCUACAGAGCUUAGAAUUAAAUUUGUGCCACAUAUGGAAAGGCUCUUCGACGAAGACGUUUUAUUAGGCAGAGGUUGGACUACUCACGAAUCACUGCGACCCUUAGCCUAUUCCACCUUGGCCGAUUUGGUACAUCACGUGCGUCAACAUCUGCCAUUGACGGAUCUCAUUCGGGCCGUUCAUUUAUUUAGUAAAAACGUUCACGACGACAGUUUGGCCACCACGAUACAAACGAUGUCUUGUAAAUUGCUACUUAAUUUGGCCGAUUGUAUCAGGCAUCGGUCCGAGAAUGAAAAUAGUCAGGAGGGAAGAGAACUGUUAAUGCGUAUGUUAGAAGUGUUUGUCCUUAAAUUCAAGUCCAUAUCGAAAAUUCAGUUGCCCAUUUUAAUUGCGCGCAGUGAACAGAGAAAGGCUGAAAUGUCGCAGUCUCAAACGAAUUCCGUAAGUCAACAGCCAAUUCUGUCAACUCAGAGUGGAACCGAUGUUAAAACCGAACCAACAGAAUCUUUAGAUAGUUUGAGCGGAAGCCAACCGGCGGAAAAAGAGACUAAAUCUAGAUUUGGUGCACCACAACCGAUCAAUUUUAAUGUGUCCGAUUAUAGGAGUUUAGUUAAGACUUUGGUUUGUGGCGUAAAAACAAUCACGUGGGUGGCCUCGAGUAGAAAAACCGACUCCAGCCAAUCCCUCUCUCAAGUGAGGAACUUUCAACCUCAUGAAACAUUAAUUUUUGUAAGAUUAGUCAAAUGGGCAUUAAAAGCAUUGGAUAUUUACACCCUGAGUAUAGGACCGCAGCCGGGAGUUCCUUUACCAAAGAUUCUUCAAACGGUGAAAAGCAAGGAAGAGAAAGAAGUUUUAGAGCACUUUAGCGGAGUAUUUUCCAUGAUGAACGCUCAAACGUUCCAUGAUAUAUUUUCUACUACUAUAGAGUAUUUGGUUGAAAGAGUACAUAAGAAUUCCACAUUGCAAACGGUACCAAAUACGUUGCUAGCCAAUCCGGCCACCAGUCCGAUAUUUGCCACAGUAUUGGUGGAAUAUUUACUAGAAAGAAUGGAAGAAAUGGGCUCUAAUUUGGACAGAAGUCAACUAUAUUUGAAACUGUUUAAAUUAGUGUUUGGCAGUGUGUCUCUGUUUCCGCAGGAAAAUGAAAAUAUGCUUAGGCCGCAUUUACAUCAAAUUGUGAACAGGUCAAUGGAACUGGCAAUGACAGCCGCCAAACCCCACAACUACUUCUUGCUUCUGCGCGCCCUCUUCCGUUCUAUAGGUGGUGGCAGCCACGACUUAUUAUAUCAAGAAUUUUUACCGCUACUUCCUAAUUUGCUGGAAGGUCUUAACCGGUUACAAAGUGGUCUUCACAAACAAGACAUGAAAGAUUUAUUUGUCGAAUUGUGUUUGACGGUUCCCGUGAGGCUGAGUUCGCUGUUGCCUUAUUUACCCAUGUUGAUGGACCCUUUGGUUUCAGCGUUAAAUGGAUGUCAUACGCUUAUAAGUCAAGGCCUAAGAACUUUGGAAUUGUGCGUGGAUAAUUUGCAGCACGAUUUCUUAUACGAACAUAUUCAGCCUGUGCGGGCUGAAUUGAUGCAGGCUUUGUGGAGAACUCUGAGGAAUAACGACCAGGUUGCCCAAGUAGCUUUCAAAGUCUUGGGCAAAUUUGGUGGCGGCAACCGCAAAAUGAUGAUAGAACCUCAAAAACUCGAAUAUGUUUCGUCAGAUUUCGAUCCCCCGGCCAUAUUGGCCAGAUUUGACGAUUACCAGCAAGCGGUUCAAUUCCCAGUGGCUAAAGUUAUGGACACCGCUUUUAACGCUUUAAAGCAAAGUGUCACUGAUCCUUUCUACAGAAAACAAGCAUGGGAAGUUAUAAAUUGCUAUUUGACUGCUUCGAGAGACUUAAGCGAUAGCAAGCACACCCUUAUUAACCUGUUUUUGCACCCUAGCUUCGAAGAUCCCUCAACUAUCAGGAAUAUUAAAGGAUCCAACUUUAAAUCCAUACAUAAGUUGGCGAGGGAUACUCAUCAGAUGGCUCUGACGGGUAUGAUAAUUGGAGCAGCAAUCAAAGAACUGCGUAAACCCGCAAUGCAAACGUUCGUACUUCUUGUGCGUCACUAUACGAUGGUGGCCGUCGCGCAGCAGUGCGGCGCAUUCGCGUACACUCCAGAGCCAAACAAGCAAAUAGACUUAGAUCCGUUGGUCUUGGUUGAUGCUUUAGCGGUUAUCAUUGGCCAUGAAGAGAGGGAGUUGUGUAAACCGGGACAUCUAGGAAUGAUGUUAAUCGUGGAUACGGCGACUAUUUUAUUGGGUAGCAAAGAAAUGGCGUGCCGAUUGCCACUUAUUGAAUAUUUAUCGGAGAAGAUGUGCGGACUUUGCUACGAGAGGGCGUGGUAUGCCAAGUUGGGUGGUUGUAUUGCUAUUAAGUUUAUGUUUGAAAAGUGCGCAUUAAAAUGGGUUUACGAGCACAUGUUCACCUUCUUAAAAGCACUGCUUUUUGUAAUGAUGGAUUUGACGGGUGAGGUUUCGAGCGGAGCAUUGGAUAUGGCUAGAGAAAAUUUGCAAAAAAUGCUAAUCGUUCUUGUCACGCCGCCCCCAAUUGGCAGUGAUGAUGAAACUAUGAAUUUACAAGCGGAUGCUUUGCAUAAAGUUACACACGAACUAGUCAGGCAAGUGACAAGUCCUCAUACCAUGGUUCGUGAACAAGCAAUGGCGAGUCUCAGACUUUUAUCCAAAGAACAAAACAAGACGGUCACUGAAGUAAUGGAACCGUUCAAAUGCGUGUUGGCAGAUAUGGUUCCUCCCAAGAACCAUUUGCUGAUGCAUCAACCUGCGAUUGCACAAAUGGGACUCAUGGAUGGUAAUAUGUUCUGCACCACCUUGCAACCGAGACUGUUCACCAUAGACCUAAAAAUACACGAGCAUAAUCUCUUUAUCACCGAUCUGCUAGCGCUCUGUAAAAUGGACGAUUCCAAACUGGCUACUUAUUUUUGCUAUAAAUCAAUCACGAAUUUUGUGCCUUUAAGACAAAGUGCCUUGAGGUGUCUAGCCGCCUGUCAUUAUUUGGAGGAGGUUAGAGAUCAGAUAUUUGAGGUAUUAUACAAAGCUUUAGAAAAGCCAAACGCGGAACUCCAAGAAACAGCGUUUGAAUGCAUGAAAACGUUUAUAGCAGGGUACCCGAUCGAUAAGGAACUUUUUAAUCCUACUGUUCGCCCUCUAUUGAUGACUCUUGGAGAUGAGAAGGUGGUUACAUUAAACGGAUUUAAAAUGUUGUCCUAUUUGACACAGUUGUUUCCCAAUGAGUUUAAUGAGCUGCUCUGUGAGCAGUUGUACUUGAUUUUGGAGAAAUUGUUGGAGAAGCUUGUGGCUGCACAUAAGGCGAAUCUUGAAUCCGGAAUAAGUAAUAACGGUCUUCCCAAAAAGUCUGAGAACGAACAAAAAGUUGUCACUAUCGUCGGAAUUUUCCAUCAAACUCCCGCUGCAUCCAGCAAAUUCGUUAUGAAACUUAGUCAGAAAGUUUUACAGGCCGAACAGAUCAUGGCCAACGAAGCGAGUAGUCCAUUCAGGGGUGUACUCAUGAAAUUUUUGCUACGCUAUCCUGGUGAAACCUUGACAGGGUUCCUGGACGAUAACUACAUUAAAGAUAAGCAAUUCAGUCGCUAUUUGGAGUAUCUUAUUAAGCAUAAAGAUGGCAAGCCUUUUAGAGACUACAUACAAAAUCAUAUGAUAAAUCGACUAAUAAUACUGGUGCAAUCCAACUAUGUCAGCAUCAACCUGGGAUUGCAAGAUCGUAACGAUAACCAGAAAAACGAGUUUCAAUAUCAGGGAAUCAGAAUUAUUUCUUUGUUGAUUAAAUACGAUGAUCAGUGGUUAUCUACGCAGCAGGACCUGGUUGAGGCCCUAAAGCAGAUUUGGUGCGACGAUAAUUAUCAGUAUAAGGGAUUACAUUUUCAGGAGAGGCACAAAAACGUCGAGUUUUUGGAGUACGUGCACUGGAAAGAACCUAAAUUAUUAGUUAAAAUUUUGUUGCACUAUUUUUGUCAUUAUCCCAAUGAUAUUGACUUACUGUUUCAACUUUUGAGGGCCACCACGGAUCGGUUUAUACCUGAAUUCCAAUUUCUUAGAGAUUUCCUAGAAAACACAGUCGCUCAAAACUACACUGUUGAGUGGAAACGUUCAGCUUUCUUCAGAUUCGUAGAAUUGUUCCAAACUAAUGAAAUGUCGCAAGAGCUUAAGGCUAAAGUCUUACAACUUAUCUUGAUUCCUUGCUUUGCUGUUAGUUUUGAAAGGGGCGAAACAAAUAAAUUAAUUGGAGGCCCUCCUAUGCCCUAUCAGGAUAACAGCGAAAAUGUGGUCUCAGUCUUCAUUAACAAAUUAAUCGAUCCCGAUAGUCCGUAUCCACAAGCGGACUGCGUUCGUAUUUCGUUGUUGCAAUUUUCUUGUCUACUAGUGGAACAGGCGAGUCCGCACAUUCACGAUCACGAUGCCAAUAAUAAGGCGCAAGGGUUCAAAUUAAGACGGUUGAUGACGUUCGCGUGGCCGUGCUUGUUGGUGGAAAAUUGUGUUGAUCCUGCAACGAGAUAUCAUGGACAUCUUUUACUCUCUCACAUAAUCGACAAAUUUGCCAUCCACCGUAAAAUUGUCCUUCAAGUAUUUCAUUCCUUAUUAAAAGCUCAUGCAGUCGAAGCCCGAAAUGUCGUGCGGCAAGCAUUAGAAAUUUUGACACCCUCUAUGCCGUUCAGAAUGGAAAAAGGCUAUGAUAUGUUAACUCACUGGACGAAAAAAAUCCUAAUGGAUGAGGGUCAUUCCAUGCAACAACUUUACCAUAUAUUACAGCUAGUGGUAAAACAUUACAAGGUUUAUUACCCAGUCAGGCACGACUUGGUUCAGCAUAUGGUCAGCUCGAUUCAAAGAUUGGGUUUUAGUGCCACAGCUACUUUGGAGCAUCGAAAGUUGGCUGUGGAGUUGGCUGAGGUGAUCAUUAAAUGGGAACUUAAUGGUAUUAAGGAAGAUAAUGGCUCUGAGCCUCAGUAUAUAGAUGGCCGUCGUCCAAUGACCGAUGAGUCCGAACAAACACGUAAAAAGAUGGCAGUAGCAUCUUCUACAGGUCAGCCGAUGCCGGUUGCGGUUAAAUCUGCAGAACCAGCUGCUCAGGAGCAUAUAGAUAAGCGGCACACCGAUAAUGUGUUGAAUUUCUUACUUAGAUUAGCGUGUCAGGUUAACGAAAUGGCUCCCCAAAACUCCGUUAAUCCAGGUGCUAAUAGCCCGGGAGAGCUUUUGUCGCGUCGUUGUGUAAUUUUAUUAAAAAACGCUUUAAAACCGGAAUUAUGGCAAGAACCGGUUGACUUAAAUCUGGGAUUUUUCCAUAAGAUCUUAAGUUCUCUUGGCAUGGCCACUCCGAACAUUUCCAACAUUUGUACUGCCUUGGAGUUGCUUACAUUUUUGCUUACAGUAAUGAAAAAAGAACAGAUUUUGGUCCAGUUUAAACUGUUACAGGAUGGGUUAACAUUGUGUGUAAUUUCAUCUGAUGAAAAAAUUAUUCAACUCACCCACAAUCUACUUACCAAAUUAUUUUCGAUAUUCCCAUUGGAAAGGGUGAAUAAAAUACAGGAGUUGAAUCUUCUCUAUUCAAAAAUUAAUGACGAAAUUCUGAAUGGACUCAAUACAUAUGAUGAGAGUAAAUCUCCAAUUGGAUUAUUUAGGACAGUUAUGAUCCUAAAAGCGGUAUGCACUACUCGUCCAUCUUACAUCGACACGAUGAUAUCCCCUUUCAUGCGAGUUUUACACCGUUUAGCCAAAGAACAUUUGCAACCGACAUCACAAGAGUUCUCCUCGAGGACCGUAGACGUUUUAAUUCUCAGUUUAGAUUUGGUGAAGAACAGGAUCGAACCCAUGGGGGUGGAUAUGCGCAAGACUUUUAUCGGAGCCAUUUUGGUUGGAUUAAUGGAGAAAACUGCUGAGGCUAAAGUCAUGCGGGCAAUUACUCGCAUGUUGGAAGAAUGGAUGAAAUGUAAGAACCAGAGCAUGAUAAACCAAGUGCCCAGCUCCAGGGAAAAAUCGAUUUUACUUGUAAAAUUGACGCAAUACGUUGAGAAACGGUUUCCAAAUGAUAACGAGUUAAAUGCUCAAUUUUUAGAACUGGUUAAUUACGUUUAUACUGACGAACAUUUAAAAACGACCGAGUUGACAUCAAAGUUGGAACCGGCCUUUUUAGCCGGAUUGAGGUGCAAUCAACCCCAUAUUAGAGCGAAAUUCUUUAAGGUGUUUGACGAAUCGAUGAAACGUCGGCUUUAUGAUCGACUACUUUAUAUUGUCUGUUCCCAAAAUUGGGAGGCAAUCGGGCAACACUACUGGAUCAAACAGGCCAUCGAGCUGCUUUUAGUCACCGCUACACCAACUUUAGGCAUAGAAAUGGCUCAUGAGAGUAGCAUUUUACCUAGUAUCACCUCCGUAAUUAAACAGGAAAAAAGAAAUGAAUUUCAGAAGACCAAUCCCGAAAACGCCAAGUUUUAUGAUUGUACUGAAAUAAAGGAAGAGGUAAUCGAUAUGGAUUUGUCUAACGUAGAAUCCACCCAACCUGAGGAGAAACCUGUUAGUCGGGCUGAAAAUAUUACUAAAAUGAUUAACAAACAUUUUGAGUAUAUAGAGAUUUCUCGGAACAUCACGACCGAACAAUUCCUCCUAGCAGCAGCUCAGCUAUGCCACAUAGACACCGCUUUAGCUGAACAAGUGUGGCUCAGCAUAUUUCCCCAACUGUGGAGAGUCUUGGAAGAGGAAGAACGUCAAAUCUUAGCUCAAGAAAUGGUGCCGUUCAUCACUUCCGGAACGCAUAUUAUCCAAAAAGAUUGCCAGCCUAGCGCUUUGAACACUUUCAUAGAAGCCCUAUUUAGAUGUAACCCUCAAAUACAACUGGCACCUCCUACCAUGAAAUACAUCGGUAAAAACCACAAUUUGUGGCAUAGGAUGGCUUUAACCAUGGAACAGCAAGCGUUUAGUGCGGCAGCUAAAAACGCAAAUCCGGCCAGCUGUUAUGAAUUUGAAGGAGAACAAAACGAACUACUCGACUCCCUUGCGGACUUAUACCAGCAAAUGUGCGAGGAGGAUCUGUGGGCGGGGCUAUGGCAGAAACACGCCCAUUAUAAGGAAACUGGUAUGGCAAUCGCGUAUGAGCAACACGGAUUCUUUGAGCAGGCACAGGGAGCCUAUGAGGCCGCAAUGGCUAAACAUAAAUCUGACGCAAGUUUGGGUCCAGUUCCCGCUUCUUAUCAACGAGAAAUUUUAUUAUGGAGCGAUCACUGGAUCCGGUGCGCUAAAGAACUUCAAAUGUGGGAUAUUUUGACUGAAUAUGCAAAAACUGGUAUAAAUGAUCCGCUGCUUUUACUUGAGAGUUGCUGGAGAACAUCCAAACCGAAUUGGGAAUCCAUGAAAGAGGCGCUUUCGAACGUCGAAUUCUGUUGUCCAAAAGAGAUCGCUUGGAAAGUGACGCUGUAUGGUGGAUUUUUAUUAAUCUGUCAACCGGAGGAAAGCAAACCUUAUUUUGAAAGGUACGUGGAUACUGCAACGGCAUUAUGUUUAAAUGAAUGGAGGCGCUUACCUCAUAUAGUAAGCCACAUACAUUUACAAUAUUUGCAAGCUGCGCAACAAAUUAUGGAGUUGCAAGAGGCGCAUCAAAUUCAUAAAGGACUUUUGCAAGGUGGUCACCAGAGCUCCCUACAUGACAUGAAAGCGAUAGUGAAAACGUGGCGCAAUCGCUUACCAGUGAUCGCGGACGAUCUGGUGCACUGGAGCGAUAUUUUCUCGUGGCGCCAGCAUCAUUAUCAAGUGAUCGUAAAACACUAUGAACAAAACAAGGACAACACGGCCAACUCGAAACUAGGUAUAUGGAUGCACGCGUCCGCUCAGUCUAUAAUCCAUUUUGGAAAAAUUGCAAGAAAGCACAAAUUGGCAAACGUUUGCCUGGAUUCAUUGAAUAAAAUUUACAGUAUUUCUAGCGUCCCGGUGGUGGAUUGUUUCCAGAAAGUGAGGCAGCAGGUUAAAUGUUAUUUGCAGAUGGCCUCUUUAAAUAAUAAUAAGAGCGAAUUACAAGAAGGUCUCGAAGUUAUUAACCACACGAAAAUGCAAUAUUUCGGUAAAGAUAUGACGGCGGAAUUCUAUGCUUUGAAAGGUAUGAUGCUGCAUUUGAGCGGCAAGUCUGAUGAAGCGAAUAAAGCAUUUUCUGCGGCCAUUCAAAUGCAUGACACUUCGGUAAAAGCUUGGGCAUUAUAUGGAGAUUAUUUAGAGAGUGUAUUUAUUAAAGAUCCCAGACAGAUAAGUUUGGGUGUUAAUGCUAUGGCAUGUUUCCUGCACGCCUGCAGACAUCAAAACGAAGCGAAGGCGAGAAAAUACAUCGCGAAAGUUUUGUGGCUUUUGAGUUACGACGACGAGAAAAAUAGCCUGAUAGAAGCGUUAGAUAAGUAUGCCGUGGGAGUACCUCCGAUUUUAUGGCUGCCAUGGACCCCGCAACUAUUAAACUGUCUAGUCCAGUAUAAGGGGAACGUCAUAUUAAAUUUGUUAUGCCAGGCUGGUAGGAUGUUCCCUCAGGCCGUAUAUUUCCCUGUAAGACUGUUAUAUUUGACAUUUAGAACUGCCACUGCUAGAAAAACCAAUACAGUUCAGCAGCAAACCCAUGGCCAGGAUUCGCAAAAAGCUGAAGCUGCUCAGGAAGGUGGUGCUUCCUCGCAAACCAGCGACAUGGUCGAGGCCGCCUCUUUUAAAGCUCCUCCCGGAAUGGUCCAUUGUGUGAAAAUAAUGAACAUGUUAAGAGGCAUUCAUACUACUGUCUUAUCUAGUUUGGAAGGUAUCGCCGUUCAGAUGGAAUGGUUUAGGGAGAAUUGGUACGAAGAGGUUUUACGUCAGUUACGUCAAGGUUUAACGAAAUGCUAUGCCAUAGCCUUCGAAAAUCGUGAGUCGGUAAACGAAGCCAAAAUCACACCGCAUAUAUUAAAUUUCGUGAAAAAAUUGAUGUCGACUUUUGGUAUCGGUGUGGAAAAUAUUUCCAGUUCGGUAAAAACCGCCACUUUUAAUUCGGCGGCAUCCGAAAGCCUUGCUAGGAGGGCUGAAGCGACUUACCAAGAUCCCGUUUUUAAAGAAAUGAAGGAAGAAUUCAAAAAAGACUUUGACUUUUCUCAGUCGAAUUCAAUGCGGCUGCACACGUUGAUUUUUAAGCUUAAAAAGUGGAUUAAAAUCCUUGAUAACCGAUCCAAAAUGAUGCUACAAUCAUUUUUAAUAGAAGAGAAAUGUAGAUUUUUAUCAAAUUUCACGCUUAAAACAGCGGAAGUUGAAUUACCGGGCGAAUUUUUGUUACCAAAGCACAACCACUAUUUUGUGAGAAUCUCUAGAUUUAUGCCCAGGGUGGACGUGGUACAGAAGCAUAAUGCUGCUGCCCGACGGCUCUAUAUUAGGGGUCAUAAUGGCAAAAUUUACCCGUACCUAGUGGUAAAUGGUUCUGGUUUGGCAGAUGCGAGACGGGAGGAAAGAGUUUUGCAAAUGUUGAGAAUGAUGAAUAUGUUCUUAGGAAAGCAAAAGGAAACAUCCAGAAGGUUUUUACACUUCACAGUACCAAGGGUCGUGGCUGUCUCCCAACAAAUUCGACUAGUCGAGGAUAAUCCUGCUUCGAUCUCAUAUCUUGAUGUAUUCAAGAAAAGAUGUGCUAAAUUAGGAAAACAAGGUAUAGAACACGAUGAUCCAAUUCAAUAUUACUACGAAAGAUUAGCUUCGGUGCAAAGUAAGGGCGUAAAAGCGAGCCACCAAAUAUACCGAGAUAUUUUCAAAAGUGUCCAAGACAAAAUGGUGCCUAGAACGGUUCUGAAAAGUUGGGCCACCGAAACAUUCCCCUCAGCCACCGAUUAUUGGCAUUUUAGGAAAAUCUUUACUCUUCAGUUGGCUUUGGCGUGCUUUGCUGAAUAUGUUUUUCAUUUAACGAGGCUGAAUCCGGACAUGAUGUAUUUGCAUCAGGAUUCAGGAUUGAUGAACAUAUCGUAUUUUAAGUUUGAUGUUGAUGAUGGAACUGGUGAAUUAGACCAAACAAGACCCGUACCGUUUAGACUAACACCCAACAUAAUCGAAUAUUUGGCCAGUAUCGGAAUAACUGGGCCGCUGACCGCUUCAAUUAUUGCCACAGCACGUUGUUUCGUUUAUCCUAAUUUUAAGGUUUUAAGUAUAUUAAAGCCGAUUCUUCGCGAUGAAAUGGUGCUGUCAAAAGUGACAAAAAAAUCUGAAGAUGUAAAUGUGAACACCCAAGAAAAAAUGUCUGAAGCAGAACAGAUUAUUAAUAUGGUCAAUAAAGCGAUUAAUUCGAUAUCGAGUAGGUUGAAUAGUCUGGCGCAGUUUGAUGGAACUGAUAGUAAGGUGGCAACUUUGGUAACGGCAGCAAGCAGCUGGGACAAUCUCUGUCGCAUGGAUCCAGCGUGGCAUCCAUGGUUGUAAUAUGUUACAUGGUGUAAUGUUGUACAUGUAUAAGACAUUAUUUAUUUUUUCCUGCAAAUAGACUAUAUUAGGGUUGUAAUAGUGAUUCAAUUCUCUAUUGGGUAUUACUACUGUAUUAUUAUAGCGUUCAAUUCUAAAAUUGUAAAUAGUGUAGGUUUAAGGAAGAACAAGAAACGAGUAUUGUCGGCUCUUUUUGCCUUUAUUUGUAAUUGAUUGAUUAUUGGUUUCGUAUUUUGCUGUUAAAAAUUAAUUAUAUUUACACGAAUAUAGUUAUUUAUAUAAUGUACGCUUAAAGUAAAUAUUUUAUGUACAUUGACUGAUCAUGUCGCGAUGUUUGAUUUAUAUAAUUAAUUUUUCUUUUGUAAUUGUGUCUUAAAUUGAAUACAUUUUUUUGUUUAAA